GUCACUGUUUCAGUAAACAUGAAUGACUCCAAAUUCACCCUGUUUUACUUCCCGACUUCGUAUUAUUCACAGAAGGUGCUGAUCGCGCUGAAAGAGAAGAAUGUCCGCUUCCAGCUGCGCAUGGUCAACAUCCUCAACCUGGAGCAGACCCAGGCCUGGUACAUGAGGAUGAACGCCAGCGGCACCGUGCCGGUACUCAAGGAUGGGGACAAGAUAGUGAAGGAAUCUGAAGACAUCAUCAACUAUGUGGACCGGGCAAUUCCUGGCGAUGUUCGUCUGGUUCCUGGUACAGAAUCAGAGAUGGGACGACAGGUGGAGAAAUUUCGCAAACUGAUGGAUAAAAUUCCCAUAGACAAAAUAACAUAUGGCAUUUUCUUCAACAAUGAGCUGUCAGCUCCAGGCGGCCACAUUCCUCCCCCAUUUAGGCAGUCAAGAAAAGAUCUGGAAGCCAAGAUUCUGAAAGGGGCUGUAGACACAGCCAAGCUAGCGGAGCGCCACCUAGAUCUGCGAGAUGCUUACCUGACUAAGAGCCAGCUGAUGUCCGACAGGCUCAACUUCCUGAUGGACAAGUCCCGUGUGGAGGAAGUCCUGGAUGACUUGGAGAAGACCUGUGAUGUGUUGGAGGAACAGCUGAAGAAGAUGAAGAUCGAACAAUCUGAUGAGACAUGGCUGUGUGGGCCCAACUAUACUGCUGCCGACCUCACCCUGACCUGUCUCCUGGGCAGACUCAUCUUUGUGGGGCUGGGUGACCGAUACUUCCCUAAGGAAAAACGGCCCAACCUGUGGGCUUACUGGUGCCGGACACAACAACGAUCUAGCACGCGGGAAGUGGUCCUGGGGGCUGGGAAGUUCUUGGCCAAAUAUAUCAUCCAGGAGAAAGCUAAGUGCGUCCUGCCGGUCAUUGGUGGUCUUGCCACAGUGGGGCUGGCCGCUGGUCUAGCUGCCUUCCUCAUACAUAAAUACAAGUAACGGACACUGAGGAGAUAUGAGCCAUAUACUAUAAGGUGUUGCAUAAUAAGGUUUUAUUACUGAAGACACUGAACCUACACACACAAUGACUUUGAAGUGCACUUGUUGUAGCAUUAUUUUAAUAACAGCCUAAACUACGAGUUUUUGUUAUUUGGUAUAUGAGAACUAUUUAUUUUUCAAUAUUCAAUAUGUAUUAUCCCAUUCCUAUGAAAUAUGUUUGUGAUACUUAAAGCCAAAUUAUGAUUCCUUGGUCCAGUAUCAUGUUCUACUUGACACGCCACUUAUUUUACAGUUUUAUUUUGGUAAAUCUGUCGUGUUUUGAAAUUUUCCCAAUCUCAUUCAAAUCACAUCAAAGUUCUCGCUGCUGCUAAACAAAGAUCUGAGGACAUACCAUUAUGGGUCACGUCAGAAUGACCUUUCACGAACUUUGGCCAACAACUGAAACGACUCACAAGAAGUCGACAUCAGCCAUUUAGAAAGCAGCUUUUUCAAGCUUUACAGCACUCGUUUCAACCUGGCGACUUCCAUUUCAGACUAUGCUUGAAAGAUAUGUUGACACAGUUCUCGAUUAAAAUUUUGAAAACUGAACAAAUGAUCAUUCCGGAAUGUCUAAUGUAUGGUUCAGAUUGUAAGGCAAAGCUUCCCGAGUACUGUGCAACGCCUUCUCCAUUUAAAUGUUUAUCCCACGGAAGCGAUAGAUAGACGAUCAUUUUUACGGAAUCAGUUGUACAGGCAGUAACUGUCGUUCGGAAUACCCCGUGUCAACAUUUUCGAGGUUGCAUGAUUAGAAAACACAUUCCGACUGUCACUUUCUUGAUCUGGUAGGCCACGCUUUGAUUGGUCAGAUGAAAGGUUGUUCUGACGUGAUCCGUAAUGGGAUGUUCUCAGAUCUUUGUUAAGCGAUAGCGAGAACUAAGAUCUGAUUUAAAUGAGUUUGAAAUUUUCAAGCAUUUUUGUUUUCAAUGUUUUUGAUCUCUCUAUACAUGCCUUGCUAUCAGGUUAUUGUCAUAAUUUGAAGAAAAGAUUUGAAAUAUUGCUUUGUGUACCCAAAAGGUGUUGGUGAAUCUCAUUAAUGUUAUUGUAUUGUUAGAGUUUUCAAGCAUCCAUGACCAUGUUUUGUAUCAAAUGUUCACAGACAUUGCAGGGACUUUGUAUUGAUGUAAGUCCUACAUUUGUUUUUUGUUGUUUUUUACUUUCAUGCAAAAUGGUUUGUUGUUUGGGGUGAAUACCUUGGGUUUUUUUUUAAAAUCCCAUGUCCAGUGUUGUUUUGACAUUGGUGUUUGUAAUGUGUACAGCCAAAGUGAUGUAUUUGAUAUCCACAACUGAUGCAAGUGUUAAAUAGUUGAUAUAUGAUACUGUCGUGCAGUUGGUUAAACAAUAAGUCUGGAAAUUUUAUGUUUGAAAAAGGAAACUGUUAGAACAAAACUUGAAAAAAAGGGCAUUGGCAUGAGAAAUACUGUUAUGUUCCAACUCUAGAGGGCCCAGUCGUCUAAGGCGCCGCGAUUCGCUGUGCAGAGUUGCAUCAGUGGACACGCCAGAAACCUAUGAUUGUGGGUUCGAAUCCCGGUUCGCCCCGAAUAUGUUUCUAGGUUUGUCAGCACCAUACCCGUG